CACACACACACACACACACACACACACACACACCUCAGUAUUUUAUGAACUUAGACGAGUCGAGUGGGAGGAGAUAAGAGAAGUGAACGCUGGAACACAGAGAGAGAAAGACGAAGGGAAAGAGAGAAUCACACAGAGCUGAAGAGACCCGGAGCUGAAGGAUGUCGCUAAACACCACAGAUCUCUAUGGUAACGAUUCAUUUUCCUGCGCCUCCCCCUCCGUGGAAGGGUACCGCUACUUUGGUGUGUUCUGGGGCUGCGUGGUGACCGUGGUGGGAACUCUGGGGAACGUCCUGACAGUUCUAGCCUUCGCCACUGACGCCCGUCUGCGCACUCGCUUCAACGUCCUCAUUGUGAACCUGGCACUGGCCGACAUCCUGUACUGCACUAUCCUGCAGCCGGUGAGCGUCGACUCCUACCUGCACCUGCACUGGAGGGGCGGAGCCACCUGGUGUCAAAUGUUUGGGCUCCUCCUUUUCUUGUCCAACAGUGUGUCGAUUAUUUCCUUGUGUCUCAUUGCUGUGAGUCGAUACCUUGUGGUUGCUCAUCGAAAUUCACGAGUCGCACGGGUGCUGUUGUCUCACAAGGGUAUCGCUGUGCUCCUUGUGAGUUCCUGGGCACUCGGUCUUGCCAGCUUUGCCCCUUUGUGGCCUGUCUACGUCUUUGCACCUCAGGUCUGCACCUGCAGCUUCCACCGUAUCAAAGGUCGCCCAUAUACCACCAUCCUGCUUUUCAUGUACUUCUUCCUUGGGUUGGGCUUCGUUGGACUUUUCUACUUUCUGAUCUACCGCAAGGUGCGCGUCGCAGCAAAGGCGCUAAUCAAAUACAGGCCAAGUCGACGUUCCUCAAGGCGCAAACAUCAGGAGCCUGAAGGCACGGAUGGGGACGAUAGCGGGAUUGGGAUUGGAACUGCAGCAACUCAGAGCAGUGAAGUCAGUGAGCAAGGUGUCGAGAUACACCACAGCAAGACCAACAUCAACGAGCCUCAAACUAUUUCCAGUGUCACCAACGCUGGAAAAAAUGAUCCCCCUAAAGCGGUAGCUCCAGCUCCAGCUGCAGCACCACCCCCAUCAUCAUCCUCAGGAGAAGACAACGAGUUUAAACGUGUAACCCGGAUGUGUUUCACUGUCUUCCUGUGCUUUGUAGGAUGCUUCGCCCCUUUUCUGCUCCUGAACAUCGCGGAUAAAAAAAACCAAGCUCCACAGGUGGUCCACAUGUUCUGUGCAAACCUCACAUGGCUUAACAGCUGCAUCAACCCAUUGCUUUAUGCAGCCAUGAACCGUCAGUUUAACCAGGCCUAUAAGGACCUUCUGGCUAAAGCAGCGUGGCCAAUAAUGCAAUUAUGGAAAAAGCGCUAAAGCUACAUCAUGCAAGACAGUCUUCACUGAAGAACCACAAUCAAGGGGGUAGAGCUGAACCAGAUCCAACUCUUCCUAUAAAUUCUAACUAAUAAGAUACUCAACAACAUGGAACAACAAACACACUUAUAAAGUCACUCCAACCCCUGGUUUGACAAGGUACAAGGAUCUGCUUUAGGUCUGACUUUCGGUUUUGCAGCGAGGGGUACUUGCAUCCAUCUCCAGAGUCUCUCACUAUCCAUAACUAGUACUGGACAAUGCUAAUGACGCACAAAAACAAACUGCUAACUUGAAGUUGACAGAAUCUGUCACAAUGCUAGUGACUGAAAAUAAACAAUCUCAGCUAGUUUCAUGAUGUAUUAUUUAUAGGGCUGUCAAUCGAUUAAAAUAUUUAAUCGCAUGAUUGUCAUGAGUUAACUUGUGAUUAAAAAUUUUAAUUGUGA